AUGGAGACAUCAGUGCUGAGCCCCACAUCCUGGGAGAAACGAAGAACCUGGCUACGACAGAGUCAUAACUGGCAAACCCAGGUCUUAGAAGAGGCAGCUGUAGCUGCCCUGCAGGAUGCAUUGGAUCCGGAGCCUUCCAGCCUGGAUAAUGUUUUCCCAGAAGGGAAUCCAAUCAGUAAGAUUGAGAACUGGCUGCAUGGCUGUGGACACACUGAAGGGGGACUUCCUGAAGAAGCAGGACAAUCCAACUAUAAUGGGUACUCUAAUCAUGGGACAAGCUUUGAAGAUGACUUGAGUCUUGGAGCAGAUGCCACACUACUGUCCAUCAAUGGAAACUUCUUCUCUAGGAAUUCCCUCCAGAUACCCAGGCCUUGCCAGUUACUUGAUCUUGGCUGCAGUUUGGCUUCCAGCAACAUGACUGGUGGAACCAACAAAACCACUUCAAGCAUCUCAGAGAUUUUGGACCAGGUACAAGAAGAUGCAGAAGAUGUUCUCUUCAGCCUGGGCUUUGGUCAUGAGGACCACAAAGACACAUCUCGUAUCCCUGCAAGAUUUUUUACCAACCCUUCUCAGGCCAAAGGCAUUGACUUUCAGCUCUUCCUGAAGUCUCAGGUGCAAAGGAUUGAGAUGGAGGAUCCCUGCCUGAUGCUAGCCAGCCGGUUUAAGCAGGUGCAAACCCUGGCUGUUGCUGCUGAUGCUUUCUUCUGUCUGUACUCCUAUGUGUCUAAGACACCUAUCCAAAAGUUUACACCAUCUAACAUGUUCUGGAAUUGUGACUCAAUUGAUGUGCCAUCCGUCAGGAUUCUGGCUCCAGAGCCUGAUUCCUAUUCACCCAGAGAACGUCUCCGGAAAGCAAUCUCUAAAAUGUGCCUGUAUACAGGUUCUCAAGAUUGGCUGUCAUCAUCUCACAACCCCAAAAUGAGCAGUUUGAACAAAGUUGUGUGGGAAGUGAUGGACAGAGUGAAAGGAGAGAAGCUAGGUCUCCAGCAAGGCCUUGGGCAUGGGCAAGCCCCUCAGGAAGAGUCUGUCCCCCGAGCACAAAAUACAAAACUGUCCACUUCUUCAUUUCCAUGCAUUUUCUGCCCUAAAGAAGAAACAUGGGAAGACUUCUGCCAUGCUCAUAUACUAGCCAGAGCAGGUCCACAGUACAACACAGACUCUACACAGAUAAGGAGAGAGCUGUGGGGUCUACAGGCCAUUAAUAAGAAGCCCCAUUCAGCUGAGAAUGAGAGUCCAUGGGAAAGAAAAAGCAAAGCAAGAAAGAAAUUAUUUCAAAGGACUCCCUUGGAAAAGAAGAUUAAGUCACUAAACCUGUCUAUCAUCCAGCAGAAAUGAAAACAGAGCCAAGCCAGACAUGAGCUGCACCAAUCUUUAACUCAGCACUUUCAGGGUGAUUCUGAAUUGGAACAGCUAGAUAGAUUUGGAACCAUAAAGGAUUUUGCACACAUUUGUGUGAAUACUGAAAGCUGCAUAGCUAAGUACCAUAGCCACUUCCUACUGACAUGGAGAGGACAGUCCUUGCAAGAACAGACACCAAUGCAGGUCUCUACAAACAACUUAGGGUCAUUUGACAAGCAGAUUUUGUGA